AUGGUGGCGUUGCUUCUACUGGUUGUGCUGACAGCAUGUUCUGCAAUUCCUCAAGAUCUGUCAAAUAAAAUGUUCACCUUCCCACAAGAAACCAACUCAAGUCAUGUGAAGCUGACUACAUCGAGACAAAAUCUGGGGGCUGUAACCGUCUGUCUCAGGUUCUUCACAGACCUCAAAAGAGAUUACUCACUCUUCUCUUUGGCGACACCCUCUGCUUCCAAUGACUUCCUGAUAUACAAGACGGCUGUAGGCGAUGAGUUUAAUGUAUGGGCCAGAAACGCAUUUGCAACUGUUGUUGGGCAGGAUUACAAACUGAACACGUGGCACUCUGUUUGUUCCACAUGGGACGCUACAUCUGGACUGAUGCAACUUUGGUUAGAUGGAAAACCCUCGAGUCGCAAAUUCGUCAGCUCUGGAUCCAACAUCAACGGACCCAUUAUCAUUGUUUUAGGACAGGAGCAGGAUUCCGAUGGUGGGGGUUUUGACAUUAAGCAGUCUUUUGUUGGCAUGAUGUCCAAUGUCCACAUGUGGGACUACACACUUCUCCCCUGUGAGAUCAAGAACUAUGCGGAACAACUAAGCUUCACUCCAGGCAACGUGCUGAACUGGGAGGAGCUGGACUUCCAGAUUAUAGGAAGAGUGCUGAUAGAAGAUGAUCUAAACGUCUGUUGGUAA